AUGCACAACCGGGGAGAAAAGAGAGCCUUUGCCUACAGACACAAACCGAAUCAGCCUAAAACCCGUUCACUCGCGAGUAUCACGUUGAUUGACCUGUCAGGUCGAACAGCAGGCGGAAAAUUGAGUGACCCGGGUGACUUUAUUUCUUCUCUUACAGCUUAUGCUGUGAGCAUGUCCCUUUCAAUAUGGAUGGAUAACGUGGAUUAUGAGAAAGAUGACAUCGUGACCAGAUACUGCUCAGAAGGAACAAGAACUACUGUCAUGAUGUUGUUCCCAGCCCGCAAGGCUGCUGAAAGAUGUCGUGACUUCAUUAUCAUUGCUAUCGAGGCAGAAGCGGCGAAGGAAGGACUGGCUGGGAAUGUCAAGAUAAUUGAUUUGUGUCUCGAUAGUAAGAGCUCGGCGACUCAAUCGAUAGCCAUUGCUAAGGUGUCAUCCUCAAUAUCCGCCGUUAUACUUCAGGAGGAUCUGUUCGCAAUUGCGAAACAGUACUGGCGAUUUCGGAGACAGGAUCCGAAAGAUUCCGCCAUAGAUCAUCGUCGAACAUCCCCCGAAGCAGAGAAGAACGUCAAUACUGGAUCAAGAAAUGUUGGACUCGAUGACAAGCACAAGGCUGCAACAGAGAGCCGGGAAGACACGCAUUUCCUGGAGGAGCGAUUUGGACGAAACUUAGAUCUCUCAUUUGUCGUCAACGCCAGAAUGGUGAUUCGUCUUACAUCUACAGCUGCAGUCAAACGAUCGAGCUCGCAAAACAGUCCACGGGGAGUGUCCAGACUGUCCGUCGACGACGUUUACCUCUAUUCGUGCGGCAUGAAUGCCAUUUUCAACACGCACCGGAUGCUGCUCGCAGUUCGAGGCCCACGGGAGAGUAUCUCGUUUGGUUUCCCGUAUGUCGACACCUUGAAAGUCUUGCAGAAAUUCGGGCCUGGAUGUCUGUUCUACGGGCAUGGCUCCUUGGAUGAGCUGAACGACCUAGAAGCCCGCCCGCAGGCUGGCGAACGGCACCUGGCCUUGUUCUGCGAAUUUCCCGGGAAUCCAAUGCUGAAGAGCUCCGAUCUCCAGCGCAUGCGCCAAUUGCCCCACAAGUAUGACUUCGCUGUGGUGGUGGGCGAGACGAUUGGCAACUCGAUCAAUGUCCAGCUCCUUGCCCGGGCCGACGUGGUGGUCAACAGUCUCACGAAGAUGUUCUCAGGCGACUGUAACGUGAUGGGUGGCAGCGCUAUCCUAAAUUCCGAAAGCCGGUAUUAUUUGCCACUGAAGUGGGCGUUCGAAGCGGGCGACGUUUUGUUCAUGGAGCGCAAUAGCCGGGACUUCGUGGUGCGCAUCAGGAUAAUAAACGACAAUGCUGAGGCCAUCUGCCAAGUUUUGCAAGCCCAUCCGCUAGUCAAGGACGUCUGUCACCCCAAGUAUAUUCCGACGAAAUGUUUCUAUGAUGGGUGUCGGACCCCCACGGGCGGGUAUGGAAAACAUACGGUGGCAUCCUUUGAUCGCAUCGAGACGGCCAAAGGGCCGAGUCUCGGCACGAAGUUCACCUUGACGUCGCCUUACGUUCUUCUCGCGUACUAUCGGGAGUUAGAGUGGGCCGCGGGGUUCGGCGUACCGGCCGAUUUGCUGCGCGUUAGUGUCGGGGUCGAGAUUGUGGAGGAUCUCAAGGCUCGGUUUGCGUUUGCGCUGGAAGCGGCCGAAGCGAUCGGGUCUGGCACCGUGUGA